AAGGUUUUCGCAGAAUUAUGCUCUUAGCAUCAGUAUUCCUCCUGUAUUUUGUUUCUUUUCGUUUCUUCAUUAUUUUGAGUAAAUAUAUUUAGUUACUCUGCCUGUAUGAUGUUACUUCUUCGGUUUGACAUUGGUAUUCCUUUCCACUUAGGGGGAUGUGGUUUUAUUAUACACCAAAGGUAACAACACUUGAAGUCUGAGAUCCAACACUCGAGAACAUUGAAGACGACCUCCAUUCACACAACACCGAAAUGACACGUUUCCUGCACUAGAGGGACUUCCCAUUGUACGCUGUCCCAGUUCUGGCACAGGAUUUCUGAGAAACAAAGAACAUUGACGGGGUAGAUAACAGAUCAAAUUCUUAAAGGAGAAACAAUCACUUUAAUAUAGUGGUGCAGACUGCAACCGAACAACCAUUGUGGUUUUUAAAUCAACUCUCAUAGAUCAUCUCUAAAGUAAUUCACUUCACAGAUGGACCAGCCUGUGCCACCGGUUACCCGAACGGAGAUUGAUGUGGAUUUGGGCUUCGCGCUCUUCUUUCUUUGUCUACUCUGUCUCUUUUUGUUUGUUACUAUCGUGCGUUGUGCCCAAACUGUUGUGGAUCCAUAUGGAGCCAUCCCCACCUCCACUUAUCAGGAGGAGCAGAUCAAUAACUAAUUGGUCAAUGACAUGACUUUAAUUAUUUUGUGUCUGUAUGAUUCAAGAUUAAAAUUUCUACAUUUGCAGAUUACUUGCAUACUCUUAAGUCUAAAAUUUCUGGUUUUAUUUUAUUUUGACAGAAAAUUUGGGGCAUAAUUGCAAAAAUGUCAAUGUAGUGCAACCAGUCUGUGUCAAUUGGUGUAACUAGUAUU